AUGUCUCAACCGAGAACAAGACGAGAAAGUUACGCUAAGACCGCAUGCAUUCAUUGCACAAAGGCAAAAAAACGAUGCUCCGGUGAUUCCACCUGUAAUAGAUGCACCGAACGAAGGUUAACAUGUUAUUAUCCGAUCGCGACGAAGAAACGUGGACCAAAAUUCAAAUAUAUCAUCGAGGAUAAUAGCGAAAGGCAAGAAAAUCCUGUUAAUCUCACCCAUCCAUCGGAUCUAACUUUAGAAGAAAUUAGGGAAGAAGAUAUUGUGCAAGACUUUACCAUUCCUCUCACUUCGCAGAUAUCGACUCAAGAUUAUACGCAGGCAGAACUUCCAUCAUUGUCAAACUACGCUAACCUUAAUGUUACUAAUUUUAGCCACUCCUUAAACAAUGAUAACCUGAUUGGUUCUAAUUCGGGUGAUUGUGGUCUCGCCGAUCCAUUGCAAGAAAACUUCUUUCCUCCUCUUUAUUCUAUUCAACCAUUUACUCAAAACUCUAUGGCCUCUAUUAACACAUAUGAUACAACUUUACCUCAAGAAUAUUAUAUUUCUAACGAUUUACCGUGUGACGACGAUCAUAGAUUUAUUACACAAAAUGACCUUUUAUGCGAUUAUCCUACCUUUUUCACAUAUCCUCUCGAAAUUUACGACUUUUCACUCUGGGAAGAUUCUAAUGGGAACGAUCAAUAG